AUGGACUUCGAGAGGGAGGGUAGCUGGAACUUAUCCUUCUCUGGAGCAGGCUUCCUGGGACUCUACUACGUGGGCGUGACCCACUGUCUGCUGGAGCGAGCCCCACGCCUCCUCCUGGGUGCCCAGCGCUUCUAUGGCUCCUCUUCGGGAGCGCUUUAUGCAGUCAGCCUGGUCUGUGGAAUGCCUAUUGACUAUUGCUGCUCACAAGUCCUGGGAAUGACCACUCUGGUCAAAAGACUAAGCCUGGGCAUCUUCCACCCAUCCUUCACGCCCAUGGAGCGUAUAAAAACCUCGCUGCAGGAGGUUCUGCCUGAAAACGCCCACAUCCUGGCCUCCCAGCGACUGGGAAUCUCACUGACCCGCUGGCCAGACCGAAAGAAUGUCAUAGUUACCAACUUCACCACCAGAGAUGAGCUUAUCCAGGCCAUGGUCUGUGCCCUGUUCUUUCCAGUCUACUGUGGAGUGAUUCCCCCUGAAUUCAGAGGUGAGCGCUACAUUGAUGGUGCUCUGAGCAACAACCUACUCUUCAAGAAUGACAAGUCCACCAUCACCGUGUCCCCAUUCCCCGGGAAACUGGACAUCUGUCCCCAGAUCCACUUGGUCCACAUGCACGAUAUGAACAUCUUAAAAUCCAUCUUCAAAAGGUGGAACAGGAAAUUCACCAUUGCAUACCUGGCCCUCAUGCCCCCGAGUGUGGAGGUAGUGGCCGACAUGUGCAGACAAGGCUACCUGGACACCCUGAGAUACCUGGAGAAGCAGGGACUCACCAAGGAGCCUAUACUGUGUAGUUUGACAUCUAAGUCACCUCCAUCCCCUGCUGAAGGAACCCAGGACUCUGGCUGCAACCAGGAAGGGAAGGCGGGCCUGACUCUCAACUGGGCGGUGCCCAACGUGUUGGUUAAGGAUGUGCCCAACUUUGAGCAGAUCUCACCAGAACUGGAGGCUGUCCUGAGGAACGCGUGCAUGAAGAAGCCCAGCCUCUGGACUCGCUUCUGGGGGUCAGGCACUGGGCAGGUGUUGACGUAUCUGCUGUUGCCUUACACUUUGCCUGUCGAAUUCGUCUACUUCAAAUCCAAGAGGGUGGUGGAGUGGCUUCCGGAUGCACCAGCAGAUCUGCACUGGAUGCAGGGACAGCUGAGGAGCUUGGCCCAGGGGCUGUACUCCAGGACAAAGACACAGCUCCUCGGGCCUGUCAGACCCUCAUCCUAUGUUCAUAUCCACUGGUAG